AGUCCGCGUAGGUUAUAUGUUUUUCAUUUAUAACUUUGUGUGUUUCACGUCGACUUUUCUUUAUGUUAUUCGCUGCUGCGCUGUUUUUUUUUUUACUUUUUAUUUUUCCUUUUGAGUUUGUUUCUUUGAUGCUUUUCCAUUUCUUUUCUUUCUGUGCGUUCUCCGCUUCUUCUUCUUCUUCUCUGCUCGUCUCUGUCGACUCUUGGCAUAUUCGGGCGGCGGUGUGCGCGCUCACAUGGGCCAGCAGACAGUCGACACUCUUAGCCGCAGUCCCCAAAGUCCGUCCAGUUCAUCAUCUGGUCGCAGACGGGUCGGAGCGGGUGUAAAUAACCGGCCAAAACCACCAACAAAAUUUUAAAGUUUUCUUUCCUUUUUCCUCGGAAGGCGGCAAACGACGGGAUAUACACACACGUCCACAACGGCACAACCCCGCUACCGAUUAAAGUGAUUAAACAAACUCCCCAACCCAAAAAGGAUAUAACUAAAAGAACAACAAAACUGAUAAGCUGUUACGCAGCGCUGAUAAGCCGUCAUAAGCUCAUAACCUUCAGAUUUGUGUUGAUAAUAAGUGAAAAAAACAUAAAUCAAUCUGUGUGCUGUUUUUUGUUAGUGAGAGAGACCAGUGCUUUGUUGGUACAGGUGUGUGCUGCUGCUGUGCUUCACCAGUUUUUAUUUCUUAUUUUCGUGACUAUUUAAUACAACAUUUCGGGGAAAAGAAGAAAAGUAGUGACAAGAGAAAAUGAAGGCGGUCAUGACAGUGCGGUCAACGAUGUGGUCACCGUCGGUGGUUAACAUCCGCGAAAGGAAGUGAAAAGAAGAAUAAACGAUUGGUCUAUAUAUAAAGAAAACAAGUCGGACAAGGUGCGACGGGCUGGGGCUUACAUCUCAAACUUUUGCCCAUUGCCCUUCAUGGAAGGCAAACUGGAAUGGAAUCAGAGUGUGACGGCCACCAGCACAAGGCUGUCCGUGUCGUCGUCGACGACAUCGUCGCUAUUAAUCUGGCUUACAUCGACGGCCGGCAGCAGCAGCAGCAACACUUCUAUCGACGGCGAGGCCAGCAUCAAGAGCGACUCCGACGUCUACAAUUGGUCCUUCAUUUGCGUCAUGGUCUUCGUGGUGGCCGGCACCGUUGGCAACGUCCUCGUCUGUUUGGCCGUCUGGCUGGAGCGUCCACUUCAAAAUGUCACCAACUGGUUUCUCGUUUCGCUGGCCUUUGCCGACCUCAUCGUUAGCACCAUCGUCAUGCCUUUCGGCGCCACGGCCGGCUUCUUAGGAUAUUGGCCUCUGGGGGUGACUUGGUGUAACGUGUACGUCACUUGCGACGUGCUGGCCUGCUCGGCCUCCAUCCUGCACAUGUGCUGCAUCAGUUUGGGCCGCUACCUGGGCAUCCGGAGUCCGUUGAAAGCCCGCGGCUACGGCGGUCGAGGCGGCGGCAGCAGCGCCAGCUUCCUGACGGGCGGCAGCUCCAAGCGGCUCGUCGUCGUCCGGGUCGUCCUCGUUUGGCUCCUGGCCUUGCUCAUCAGUUCGCCCAUCAGCGCCCUGGGACUCAUCGACCCCUCCAACAUCAUGAUCGGCAACCAGUGCGUCAUCAACAACCGGGGCUUCGCCUUUUUCGGCUCCCUGGCCGCCUUCUACAUCCCAAUGAUCAUCAUGGUCGUCUCCUACGCCCUAACGGUCCACCUGCUGCGCAACAAGGCCCGUCAGCACCAGCAGCAGCUCAUGGCCAGGGCCAGCGGUGGUAGCAGUUCCAGUAAUUACACGACCAGCGGUGGCCGCCUGGCCACCAACAAGCGCAGUUUCCACUCGGUCAAUUUCGCCCACGACGACCGAAAGUCCCAGGCCGAUGAGGACGAGAAUUUGCCGUUACAGCAGGAGCGCGGGACUCAGACGCCGGUCAGCGUGUCCAGGGAGCGCCGGAAGCUCAUCUGGAAAGCCCGCAUCACUUUCUCGCCUUCGUGUCACUGUUCUCUGUCGACUUCGGCUGCGGACGUCCAGCACGACCAGCAGCAGCAGCCCAUCCGCAUCGUCAAAGCCUCGGCCAGAGCGGCGGCGGCGACCAGCCGCGCUGCUAGCGGGCGGAAGAUCAGCAGCUCCAGCGGCAACGCCGUCGUGGCCAGCACUCCGCACCACCGUCGAUCCGGUUCCAUCGUCUCGUCGUCGACGCCCAACAUAUCCAGCGCCGCGACGGUGGCCAACGAGCAAAAGGCCAGCAAAGUCCUGGGCGUCGUCUUUUUCACGUUUGUGUUGUGCUGGGCCCCGUUUUUUUUACUCAAUUUGCUGAUGGUGGUGUGGCCGUCGUGCGGGGCUUACAUCCCCGACCGUUUGGUGGCCACCUGCCUGUGGCUGGGCUACGUCUCGUCCACCAUCAACCCGCUCAUCUACACCGUCUUCAACCGGACGUUCAAGCGCGUCUUCAUCCGGCUCCUGAAAUGCCAGUGCCGCAAGUCGCCCAUCACCAGCCUGGCGGCCUCGGCCAGCGCCACCACCGUCGCCACCGUCCAGCAUCGCUACAGCCGCUGCGCCUCCGUCUACGAGGGACUCGCCAACAACAGCAGCAACCAGCAGCACCAGCAGCAGCAGCCGCUGGCCGUCCCGUCGGCGGCUAAUCGCUAUCGAUAAUAUUUUUACAUGUUUUGUAUAUCAAUGUUGGAGACUCGAAUGUAUUCCCUCGGACCAUGUUCCAUUCAAACGCCCAGCAUUCCACAACAUCAUUGCGUUUUUAUUCGUUUAUCUUUCUCUCUCUUGUUGACUGUUAUUUCUCUCUGUUUUGUUUUGUUUGACCUCCUUAACUGUCAGCCAUCAUCCUUGAUAUAUAUAUAUGCGUACAUACAUAGGAAUAUACACACCUUUCACGGACGUAUAUGUGUACAUCCGACUUGUGUACAAACAGUAUCUAUUACGCUCCAGUGCGCUGGGCCGAAAACAAAAAAGAAAAAUGGAAAUAACAGCAAACAAAUCGCGCGCUCAUAUAAACGUCUUGCCGGUUUUUGCCGCCGACAUCACCAUUUUGUAUUCACACACACACACACACACACUCGUCAAUGUGGUAAAUAAACUUUUAUGUUUCUCUGUA